AUGAAGAGUCUUCAUAUCUUCUGCAUCAUGGCUUUGAGUGUGGACCUCGUCCGAAGCAGUGUCCAGAUAUGCCAAGAAGCCGAUGACGAAACCUUUACUAUUGAAUGCGGGUCGCCUGGGAAAGACGGUCUACCAGGAAGAGAUGGUAACGUUGGACCCAAGGGUGAUAAAGGAGAUCAAGGACCACCAGGUCCAAAGGGGGACACAGGUGACAGUGGGGCAUCAGCUCUCGAAGCUCUCGAAGCUCUCAAAGCUCAAGUAAACGCAAAUGAACAAGAACUCAGAACAUUGAAAACUGCAGUAGAAGUGCAGAAGAAAGCCCUGUUUUUUAGCAGCAGGAGCAGCGGGGACAAAGUCUACAUUUCAAACAACUCAGAAGUGACUUAUAGAGAAGCCAUCCAAAUCUGUUCUAGUGCUGGAGGCCAGUUGGCUUCCCCACAGAAUAGCGCGGAGAAUGACGCCGUGUUGGCCCUCGCUUUGGAGAAGAAGAAACGUCCUUUCCUCGGAAUCGACGACAUCCAGUCGGAAGGAAGUUUCCAGUAUAUAAACGGAAAAGCCAUUGGCUACCAAAACUGGUUUCUCCGUGAACCCAGCAACGCGUCAGGGGUCGAAGACUGCGUGGAAAUGUUCGAAACCGGGAAAUGGAAAGCUAAGAACUGCGAGGAUAAGCGUCUCGUCAUUUGUGAAUUUUUCAUCUCGACAGUUUUGGAUCCGCGUUGA